GUGAGGUGGAUGUCAUCCUCAUUGGUGCUGGCGUGAUGAGCGCCACAGUGGGACUGAUGCUGAAGGAGCUGGAGCCCAACUGGAAGAUGAUGAUGUUCGAGCGCCUUGGGGCACCUGGCGAGGAGAGCUCCAACGGCUUCAACAACGCAGGUACCGGUCAUGCCGGCUUCAUGGAGCCAAAUUACACCAAGGAAGUGAAGAAUCCGGAUGGCUCACUGAAGACAGUGACGACCGACAAGGUUGAGCACGUGUGCGAGCAGUUCCUCUCCAGUCGCCAGUACUGGGAGUAUCUCACGCGAACUGGGAAGCUUCCUAAGCCGGAUGCGUGGAUCCACCAGACGAACCACAUUGCGCUGGGAGUUGGCAAGGAUCAGGUCGAGUUCAUCAAGAAGCGCUACGAGGCGAUGAAGGAUCAUCCGCUCUUCAGCUCGAUGGAGAUCUGCCUCCCAGAGGAGAAGGAGAAGGCCAAGCAGUGGGCACCUCUCAUAGUCAAAGGUCGGGAUCCAACCGAGCCGAUCUGCAUGACCAAGGUGCCCCAUG